AUGUCUAGUCAGCGUCUUGUCCUAGGCCUCCCACGUGUCUUGCCGUCGCUGCCGCCUUCGCCUGCGCCGCCGUGUCGUCCCUGCGUCGAGGGUAGGCUGCGCGCCACCCCUCACUCCUCCUCCCUUCGUCCGGCCACCGAGCCUUUUGAGACGCUUCACUUGGACGUGGUUGCUCACCACCGAGGACACUCGUGGUCGUCGUGUCAGCUGUCUCCACUCCGACCGUGGGGUGAGUUUCGCUCCGGCAUUCUCGCUGGAUUCUGUCGCGAGCAGGGCAUUCGUCAGUCCUGGACGCUUCCAGAGUCCCCACAGCAGAAUGGGGUUGCUGAGCGCCGCAUAGGCCUGGUCAUGGAGAUCGCCCGCACCUCCCUGACUCACGCCUGUGCCCCCCAUUUUCUGUGGCCCUACGCGGUCAGUCUUUGGACAGGGUUCCCUGGUGUUGCGUCGCGGUUUCGUGUCUGGGGGUGCUUGGCUCUUGUCCGCGACACCUCCGCGGACAAGCUCUCGCCUCGUGCCGUCCCCUGUGUCUUCCUUGGUUUCCCUGAGGACUCCUCUGACUUCACCUUUUACCACCCUCCCUCUCACCGGUUCUUUGACUCCCGUGACGUCCGUUUCGAGGAGUCCCACUCCGUACUACGUGUGUCCCAGGCUACCCCUCCUCCUUCGGUAGCCCCUCCGGUACAGCCUCCCUCCCCACAGUCCUCCUCGCAGCGUGCCGCUGGUGCUAGCUCUCGAGAGGUGGGUGCAGAGGACGCUUGUCGUCCGGGAGCUGGUGCUGGCCGCGCGGACACUGGGGGUGCUGCGUCUGGGGGUGAGGGUGCGCCUCCUUUGGGUUCAGUCUUCUCAUUCCGCCAACCACUCCUCUCCCACCCCACCACCCCGCCCCUCUUCCUCCUUCGCAUUCGCAUCCCCUGGGUGCUCGCGAGUGGUGCAGCUGCCGGUAUGUACGCGUUUGUGUCGCUAGGGUGCUAUGCGGUGGGUGCGCUGGGGUACGGGCUUAUGCGCUUCCCCACCUGCCAGCACGAGGGCGCGCUGCUGCGCCAGGACAUAGUGGAGGCCAAGGAGUAUCUCUCAAAGCACGGCCUGCAUAGCCCCACCCAUCUCGUGCUCAUUGCACCUCGCUGCACCACAACACCCAUCCCUUAUCUGUCACCAUCGAGGCGGACCGCGCCGUCGCAACCCACCACACACCGUGUUGUCCCCUCGUUUGAGGGCGAAUCAAUGCCGGCUGAGAGAACGAGCUUGGGGCGAGUCUUGAAGAUGAGCUUGCAGCGAAUCACCCCCGCCACUCUGUACCCCACCCCCGCCUCCCCCUCCCCUGCCACUCCCCAGCCCCCUGCCCCACUGCGCCCUCACCACCCCCGCUCUCCUGCCUCCCAACCCUCCACAUCCAUGCCUUCUGCCCCAACACGCGUGCCCCUCGCCCCUCCCUCUGCUCUGCUGCUGCCGCGUCUCUCUGCCCCCCUCGUGGCAGCGGCAGAGCUGUCUUGCGCAGCAGCACGAACGUCUGGGCAGCGCUGCAUGGCGCCCUCCAGCUGUGUGGUGCCCCACCGUUAG